UGCGCACUCCUGCUACACAACAGCGGUAGUGACGACAAAAAUGGCGUGCUCCGCUAUCCGGCUGACAGCACGCCUGUUCAAAGCUUCAGUUUCUCCUGGACCUUCCAGCAGCCGCCUCUUCGUUGCUCCAAGCAGACAUGGAGGAGUUAUCCAAGCGGAAAUCUGGCAGCUUUUCCGGGGAGGGAUAGCGGCCAGCCUGAGCUCCUGGGCUCCCAGUAAUGUGGUGACAUUGAGCGCACAGUCAGGGGUGAAAUGUCCCCAUGGCGUGAACUGCCGCUCUUUCCACUCCAGCUUCAGACUCACAAACAAGCAGGACUUUUAUGAGAUCUUGGGUGUUGCCCGCACUGCUUCACAGAAGGAAAUCAAGAAGGCUUACUAUCAGUUGGCUAAAAAGUACCAUCCAGACACAAACCCAGAUGAUCCGGAGGCCAAAGAGAAGUUUGCCAAGCUGGCUGAAGCCUAUGAGGUGCUGAGUGAUGAGGUGAAGAGAAAACGGUAUGAUACGUACGGAGCAAACUUUGACCCGAGCCGAACUGGAGCGGGCAAUCAGCAAUACUACAGGGCAGGAGGGACCACGAUAGACCCUGAAGAGCUCUUUAGGAAGAUUUUUGGGGAGUUUGCUGGCAGCAUGGGAUUUGGAGACAUUAACAGCAUGUUUGACCAGAGGCCUGAGUAUGUGAUGGAGCUCAUGUUUUCUGAGGCAGCGAAGGGUGCCAGUAAACAGCUGAGUGUGAACCUCGAUGACAACUGUCCAAGAUGUGAUGGGAUGGGCAAUGAGCCGGGCACCCGGGCGUCUCGGUGUCAGUACUGCAACGGCACCGGAGUGGAGUCGAUCAGCACCGGUCCUUUCAUGAUGCGCAGCACGUGUCGGCGGUGCGGUGGGAAAGGGACCAUCAUAAACACACCCUGCGCACUGUGCCGAGGAUCGGGCCAAAUGAAAAAGAAACAGACUGUGACGGUGCCGGUGCCGGCAGGUGUGGAAAAUGGUCAAACUGUGCGCAUGGCAGUAGGGACAAAAGAAAUCCUUAUAACAUUUAGGGUCCAGAAAAGCCCAGUAUUUAGACGGAAUGGAGCAGACGUCCACUCGGAUACUUUUAUCUCUAUAGCCCAGGCCAUCCUUGGAGGCACAGCCACAACACAGGGCCUGUAUGAAACCAUCAGUAUAGUGAUCCCCUCUGGAUGUCGGGCUGAUCAGGUAAUCAGAUUACAGGGGAAAGGCAUUCGGAGGAUGAACAGCUACAGUUAUGGAGAUCAUUAUGUUCACAUCAAGAUCAAAGUGCCGACGAAGUUAACUAGAAGCCAGCGUUCUUUGUUGCUGAGCUAUGCGGAGGAGGAGACGGAUGUUCAGGGGUCUGUCAACGGUGUCGACUCUUCAGCAGGAGGGGGCAGCAGCACCACAGACUCCAGCACAAAGUCGACCUCAUCUGAGGAGGAGACGCAGAACAAACAGGAGGAGGAAGGAGGCUUCUUUUCCAGACUAAAGAAAAUGUUUAGCUAACAUCCAGGAGCAGAUAACAUAAAAAUGGGAAGACUGGACCUCCAGGACACUGUCUGGGGAAAUUAAGCAAAAGGAAGAGCUAGCCCAUGUAGGGUUUGUUGUUGUAGACUGGUUGGCAAACCAGCAUGGUUUUAUCCACACACACUUCACUACAGACAGAAGUUGGCUGAGUACUCAAGAUCUGCUCAAAUAAAGUUCUCUCUGUGAAGCAGCUUCAUAGAUGGAAAUAGUCUACUACAACCUUACAAAACUCUACGAGCAAAGAAGGCAAUACCAGCUUAAGGAAGUCUGAUAAGAAUAAAUCAUGUAAAUGGGAAGCAUAUUAAAUCAUGACCUUUUUAUUUAUUUUUGUGGAACUUCAUUGGUUUGCUUAGUUAUAAUAUAAGUUAGCCAUGAUUAGGGAUGGUUUAUUCAACCCCUAAUAUAUAUAACAUGUUUAAAGCCAAAGAAACAUCCAAUCCAAAUAAGCAUUUUCCAUGUAUUAAAAAAAAGAUAAACUUCA